UCUCCUUCGGGGAGUGUGACGUACAGCUAGCCCAUCACCUCGACUUCCUCUCAGAGAGAUGGUGGGGGACAGAAGGACUUAGACUAGCACAGAGACCAAAGCUGCGUAUUAAACCAUAGAUAACCCCAGCCUGCUGCCUUUGGAGGAAGGAUUCGUGGAUUUGGGGUUCGCGGUUUGGAGGUCGCUCGUGUUUUUUCUAGCUGCAGGAUCGACUGUGUUUUUUAAAAAGCUCCCAGAAUCAUGAACCGGAUUCUUCUGACCACCCUGUUUUCUGUAGUUCUGGCUGAAAAAUCCCCUCGACUGAAAUUUACAGUCCAAGAGCCAGCAAGGUUUCACUUCAUGAAACCAGAGAACUACAUGACGGUGUACCACCAGCAGGGUAGCGAUGUUCUGUAUGUGGGGGGCCGAGCAGUCAUCUAUAUGAUCUCAUUCACCCAUAAAGAAGUGCAAGACACAAUGAUACCAGUAGUGCCUGAUGAAAGUGCUAGACAGAGCUGCCUUUCCAGAUCAAUACCUCUACAGCUCGAGUGUGACAAUUUCAUCACUGUCAUUGAGAAAGUCAAUGACACCUUUGUGGUGUGUGGGACAAAUGCAGGCUCUCCGAAAUGUUGGCUACUGGUCAAUGAAACUGUUCUCACGCCCAUACCUGAUCAUGGACAGAGGACGACAGCCGCAGAUAUCUCCCCUCCUUUCCCCUCUCAGCGCUCUGUCAGUCUGGCAGCAGAUGGUAGCCUGUAUUCUGCUCUGUCAGCAAUGGGGAAGCAGACCGGCUCUAUCCGUCGCACCUACAGCUCCAACAAGCUGCUGAAGACUGAGAGCAAAUGGCUACUAAAUCCUCAGUUUGCUGGGGCUGUAGUCAUUCCUGCAGAACAGAAAUACAAUGAGGAGAUCUACUUUUUCUUCAGCGAGCUCAACAAGACAGCCAGCUUGGAUGAAGAACCAUAUCGAGCGCGGAUCGGACGAAUCUGCAUGAAUGAUGAGGGAGGCAUAAAGAGUAUACUGCCUGACUCGUGGACCACAUUCCUGAAGGCUCGGGUGAUGUGUGGAACAGCCAGCACUCCUCAGCAGUACAACAACAUCAGACGAGCAUUCGUGCUGAUAUCCCAGCAUCGAACUGGAGUCAUGUAUGGACUCUUCUCCAAUGUGUGGGGCACUACUGUAGUGUGUGCAUAUUCCACUGAGGAAAUUGACCAGACCUUUGCUAAGUCUAAGCUGAAAGGCUACAACAGCCCACUGAUUGGACACCGACCUGGAGCGUGUGCCUCCAAGAAUAAUACAGCAGCUCUGAACCAAAAGACACUGGGAGUGAUCAAGGAUCACCCUGAGAUCGAAGAUGUGAUCUGGCCAGUAGGAGGUGCUCCCCUGGACUUGCCCACUGAUGACCACUUCACACAUGUAGUGGCGGACACUGUGCUGGCCGUCAAUGAUGAGCACUACAGCGUUAUCUACCUGGGUACAGAGCAGGGGAAGGUCCUAAAAGUGCUGCACACUAACGCAGAAGCUUUCAUCAUCUCUCAGUACUCUCUCUUCCACAACGAGGGCCCCAUCAUUAAUAUGGCUAUCGACUCACAGAAGGGUCACCUGUACGUGGGUACAGCCAUGGAAAUCCAGCGUCUUCAGUUAGCCGACUGCAGUCGUUACGGACACAGCUGCCGCGAGUGCAUCCUCUCCAGAGACCCAUACUGUGGAUGGGACUGGGCCAAAAGGAAGUGCCUAGCCAUUCCAGCUAACUACAACAUCACUACAGGAGGAUUCAUACAGAGCCUUGACCAGUCCAACGACUCUGUCUGUGGGCAUGCAGCUGCAGCUACAAAGGCACGCAGCACGGUUCCUAAGGAGGUACAGAUGUCGAAAGAUGGGCCGGUCUUUCUGCCUUGCCCUGUUCACUCGUACCACGCCACCUAUGUGUGGGAGAAGGACAACUGUGUGAAGCGCUACCCCUGCACCAUCACCGGGUCGUCCUGUGUGUUGGCCCCGACCCCCGAACUGCCUCUGAAGGAGGGCGUGUUCCGCUGCAUGGCACUGGAGAGCGGCCUGAAACAGGAAGUGGUAUCGUAUAGGCUGGUGAUUAAUGGAGGAACCCUGCCUGUUUCCCCGGCCUCCACGCUGCUCUUAUCAGUGCUGCUGGCAGUGGCUGGCUUAUGGCUCCAGUAGGCCCACCCUGCCAGCUCAGGAUCCUACUGGGGAUAAUGGGGGGGGAGGGUUGGUACCAAGGUUAGGUUCGCAGAGCAUGAGCGCAUAAUACUGUGCAGGAAAACGUCAGAUCUCAGUGCAACCUUUACUGUGCUUUUGUUUGCGAUUCACCAAAAAGCAUAGAAAACACCUUAAUGUGACCUAUUUGCCAAAUGAUGCAUUAUAUAUAUAUAUAAAAAAAGAAUUUUUGGGGAAAACAUAUAAUUACCUAUCUAACAUAGAGGAUUAUCACCAAAUAACAUUAUGCUUUUUAAAUGUUACUACUUUGCGAACCUAGCCUACAAACUAAGAUCCAGGCCAAUAUUUUUCACUACUUACAGUAUAUGCUCAAGAAAAAUUGAUGGACAUCUGAAACUGACGUAAUGCUGUAACCUGCAAAAUAUCCUGUAAAAAAAUUGUUUUUUUCACAUACUGAGGUAAUUACAGUUUUAAAGCCUUAAGAACAUGUAUGGGACCUCUCCCUAAGCACAAUUCACCAUUUGAGCGUAAGCUGCAGAAUCUGACUUGGCUUAUAGCAUUGUGUUGGGUCUUAUUUUCAAUGUGUUAGCUUUUUGCUGGCCAUUGGCUGGAAAGAAACCGUACGGGCAGACGUUUCAUACAAACGUGUCACUGUGUAAAAAUGCCAUCACUUCAAACAAGGCCAACUGUGUAUUCCUUUAUGAUUGCAGAGGCCUGUAGUGUUUCAUACUCGUGUGCUCUUGUGUGGUUACAUUUUUCCAAAUGAAAAGUGUCACAUUUUAAAACAUGUGAAAUGACGGCCAAAUAAGCUUGAAUAGACUAACUGUAGACUUGCAUUUUGUAGUUGCUGUGAAAAUAAGCUUGUUCUUAAUCUUACUUAUAUUGCUAAUGCUCUGCAUAUGCUGAUCUCCACCAUUGCUGCCUACGUAAAUGGAAAGUGGUCCUGAUGGUUUUAAAGUAAUUGUGAGCUGUGUUCAGAGUGUACAUCAUUUAAUCCUUAAGAGAGUUUUUUUUAUCAUAUUUUUUUUUUACACUGGAACCUGUCUUAAUGUUACAUUUCUGCUCAAACAGAGAGAAAGAGAGGUAGAUGGAUAGAGAGAAAGAGAGAAUGUUAGAGAAAGAUAAAGAGACAGUCAAUCAUUCAUUAUGGGAUUUUUUUAAUUGGAGCAUCCCAUAUUGUCUUAUUCCCAGAUCAAAAUCUCCCAGUGCAACUGACCCCAUAUGCCAGUUAUGUGCCAGUUACGUUUGUCUUUAACCUCAUUUGUUCAUUUCAACUCACUGUAUUUCAGAGCAAAUAGUCAACACAAUAAUAUUUAAAGUAUUAAUUACUAAUAUGAACAAUAUGUACUGUGUGUUGAUUGCUGUCAGUUAUUUCUAUUUUUAAUGGUAGACAUUUUUGCUGUUAAUGUUUAUCAAAAUAAUGUAUUAUUUUGAUUGUUUGUGAAAAAAAAAAGCUUUUUGCACAUACACCCCCCACCUCAGUCUAACCAAACUCCUCUUUUUUUUUUUACAUAUUUCAACAACCACAGCCGACAUGGAUGAAAAUCCUUAUGUUAAACUGGCCCAAUGUUAAUAAAAGUAAUAAAAAAACA